AUGAAAUUCAAUCCGGCUUUAAUGUCAGCGUCUAUAUUUGCCCCACCCGUAUCAUUGAAUACGGGAAUUCAAGAUGAAGUACUGAAUUUGGCACAUUCGGAUAGUGCAACCAGCAGCUCAUCGUGUGCUUCAAGUCCUCAAAAAGCAUCACCGGUGUUUACGAAUGGCAACGCCAAUGGCCUGACGGCUGGUCACUCUCCGACACGUCUUUCGGACUCGUCAGAUCAUCUCUCCGGAGGUACAGAAUCGCCAGAUACGACGAUUCAUCCACAAAAGGUUUGCGAGAACUGUGAAGUGCAUCGUCAUCGAAUCCAUGAACUCGAGAGAUGCUUGGCUGCGAAACAAAUCGAGCUGAAGAAUACGCGAGAAUUAAUGCGGAGAAUCAGCGCGAUCGCAGGCUCGUUGCUGGAAUCGUGUAGUGACUUUGAUAAGCAGUGGAUAUCGCAUUCGCGUAAGGUUUAUUCGCAGAUUCAGUCAGUGAUUUGUAAUAUGGAAUAG